CUUGCUACUGAACUGGGAAUACUUUCUGAUAUGCCGUAAUGUUUUCUUAACUAACAUCUAUCAGAUCUGAGCAUUAAACUGGAAGCAUAUACCUGAUUUAAACAGUAAAGGCAUCCUAUAAUGUUAGGCGAAACGAGUGAAAACAAUGCAGAUGUAAAAAGUGCUGAAGAUAUUAGACUUACUGACGAUAUUAAAGAAGAUGGUGAAUGUUCUGAAGCGGUGGUUGAAGAGUGCGCUAACAAAUACUUGAUUUAUGGGGUAAACGACACCCCACCUAUCCAUGUCACACUUGUUUGUGCUUUACAGCAAGGACUACUUUCUCUGUCCGGUCAGCUGAUUACAUCUUUACUCGUGGCGGAAGCAGUUUGCGCGUCCAACAAUGAAAUUUUCAAAGCGAGGCUACUUAGUUCAACUUUACUUAUGAGCGGCAUAACAACUGUUGCCAUGAUCCUGUUUGGUAUAAGAUUACCUUUGUUCCAAGGAGCAACCUCGGAGUAUGUUGUCCCUCUGCUUCUUGUUGCCAGCGUAGAUGAGACAUUUUGUCCUACUCUUGCCACACGGCCAGGACAUUCGGAUUCAGGCAACAUGACAAGAACAAAUGGCGUAGAGGAUAUCCCAGAUGAUAUUAUCAUUAGUAAUAUUCAAGCCCUUCAAGGAAGCCUCCUGGUUGCAGGAGUCGUACAUACCAUGUUGGGUUUUACGGGGCUUGUAGGAGUUUUAUUGAAGUUUGUAGGACCACUGACAAUCGUUCCAACUCUGGUACUAAUGUUCGUGUUCUUCGUGAAGCCUGUCGUCAAAUUUGCGGAGGUCAGCUGGGGUAUUUCACUUUCUACUAUAUUUCUUGCUGUAAUUUUAUUUCUGUACCUUGGUAACCAUAACAUGCCGGUACCAGUAUGGACCCCGUCUGGAGGAUUCCACGUUAUACGCUAUCCACUGCAUCAAGUAUUUGCCAUACUGAUUUCGAUCAUAGUGAACUGGGUGAUCUGUUUGAUUCUCACCAAGUUUGACGUAAUCGAAAAUGAUCCUAAUGGUAAAAGUUUUAAUGCUCGUACGGACGCACGAAGUGACAUCAUUUCAGAUAAUCCUUGGUUUGCAUUUCCCUACCCAGGGCAGUAUGGAUCCGUUGGCUUUAGCGGACCAGCAUUCCUAGCGUGCAUCAUUGCAACAUUCAUUUCCGUUAUUGAUUCUAUCGGGGACUACUACGCAUGCGCAAGAGUAUGUUGUGUACCAGCGCCACCACGUCACGCGGUAAAUCGCGGCAUAUUGAUAGAGGGCGUGUGUAGCUUUAUUUCCGGAAGUGUUGGCUGUGGACAUGCCACGUCGACGUAUGGCGGCAACAUUGGAGCCAUCGGGGUGUCCAGGGUUGCUAGCCGAAGGGUAUUUUUGUUUACUGGCCUAUUAUACAUAUUAUUUGGCGUUUUCGGCAAGUUUUCUGCAGUAUUCAUUACAAUACCGUAUCCGGUACUUGGUGGGGCUAUGAUUGUAAAUUUCGGAAUAUUUGUCGGUGUUGUUUUGUCCAAUUUAGAGGUAACCAACAUGUCUUCCCCCAGGAAUAUGGCUAUCCUUGGCUUAUCAAUCUUUAUUGGUAUCUCCAUACCAACAUGGGCCCAAGCAACGGAAGCCCCCGUUAAUACAGGUCAUGCACAGUUUGACAGUAUAAUGAAGAUGUUGCUAGGCAACCCAAACCUUACUGGGACCAUUAUAGCGUGUUUCCUUGACAACACAGUGCCCGGUUCCAACGAUGAGAGAGGUAUUUCUGCGUGGCAAGUCAGCGACGAUGACGUAGCUUCCGGUCACGAUAAAACAAAGUUCAACGAGGGCUACGAGGUGUAUAACCCUCUGUUACCAAGACGGCUUCUGUCGUCAAAGAUUAUGAAAUUUAUACCGUUUCUACCAUACGAGGCAAACAAAGAAGUGGAUACAAAUGUAUAUAGUAUAUAGGUCAAAUCACGUGUCUCUAGAAUAAUAAAGCAGACGUGUGUGUGUUUAUUUCUGCAUUUUAUGUAUGCGAGCACAUGAAUGACAAUUGUAACCGUUUAACCAUUUAAUCGACACGGACAAGCUUUCAUUGACUUGUAGAUAAGGUCAGUUUUGUAGAUGUAAGAAUGAAUAAGUACAAGACAAGCUCCUGCAUUUUCGUAACAUUAUUAUCAUAAACAGAUAUACAUUAAUGAUAGAUAUCUUUAAUUUCAUGAUUUGGAUAACUACGACUUGCACUGCUUUAUUAUACUAGC